AGCCGGGGUGAUCCAAGAUGGCCGCCCAGCCAAUCAGCAGCCAGCGUCUCCUAAUAGCCUCGCCCACUACCUCAGCGGCAACUGUGAGCGAGGGAAGCGAUUGUAGUGUGUUGUGGCCCUGAGAGAGCCGGCCAGGGGCCCCUGCCUAUAAGUUGUGACGCUUUCUUCCGUCCGAUGAUGUCGUCGUCACGUGGUAAGAGCAAUGCCUCGAGCAAGCGAAGCAGAAGAUCGGGCGCUGCCGCCAGGAAGCGUCGUCCGUACCAGAAGUCUGGAGAUUCCUUUUACAUCCAGCACACCGAUAAGGACAUGCUGUUUCUUAUCUCCGAGGACAGCGGCCAGGUCAUCAGGCCGCCGCGCAGGACGGAGGAGACGGGAGCCGCCAUUACCACGGACUCCGGCUGGGGCAGUGUCAUGCCUCUGGAGAUCUUACACAGGGUCUUCCAGCUGCUGGUGGACAGUGAGGGGGCCGUGCCGUCCAUGUGCAGGGUGUCGCAGGUCUGCCAACGCUGGUACCAAGUGGCUGCCAGUCCUAUCCUCUGGCGGAACGUGUCUGUCAGUGUCUGCUGGGUCGUUCCCACCAAGAAAAAUCCACCCAACGUCCAGAAGAAGAUCCAGGAGACAGUGGAGAUGCUGAUACAGAAGAGGCUUUCUCAGGUAUCCGUGUUUUCCCUGCAUCACUGGAGUCAUCAUGUUCCGUUCAUUCUACAGCAUGUCUCCGCCUCCUGUCCGCACCUGACUUCUCUCACGCUGUCGCACUGCAGCCGGGUGACCGCCGAUGGCCUCCUCUCUGUCGCCGUGCACUGCCCUUUGCUGCAUUCCCUCAAUCUGCAGAAUUCUCAGGUGGAGCCCAACACAGUCUCUAGGUUCUUGGAAGUGUGUGGUGCACGUCUCAAGUCUUUAUUUCUAUCCCAUAGCUUUCAGAUAAAUGGCAUCAUAAGCAAACUUGCGGGUGGGGCAUGUCCUGAACUGAGAGUCCUUGAGGUAAAUACGGCCAUGAAGUUUCCGGAAAAAGAGUUAUCUGUUGCCAUAGAGGCGUUACAGGCUUCCUGUCCCAAAUUGGAGGUAAUGAGGAUUAUGAACUUGCACUGGAUUCCCAGGACUGUCUCUCGCAGCUCACCUGAGCUCCCGGGAUUUAAAGAUCUGCAGGAGUUGUGUCUGGCCAACUCCACGUACUCCUACACCAGUGACGACAUCUGUAAGAGACUGCUGAGAGAUUCCACCAACCUGAGAGUGCUGGAUGUCCGGGGCUGUUACAGGCUGACACCUGCCGGGAUCUGUGACUUCCCAUGUACCGAUAUUGAACGUCUGUACUUGGGCAUGUACUGUAGCACCAUGAAUUCUGUAAUGCCUGUUUCCGGGUGUUACUUGAUGACCAGACGAUGGCAGCACAGUCUGCAGGAACUAGACCUGACAGCACAGUCGUACAGUGAGAAGGACCUGACACAGGCGCUAGACAUUCUCGCAAGAGGAGGAGCCAAUGACACACUGCAGUCUCUCAACCUCGCUGGAACGAAGGUCACGGUGCUUUCAGUCAAGCAGAUGCUGUCCAGCUGCUCGGCCCUCAUUCACCUGGACUUAACCUCAUGCCGCAAUAUACCGCGUGGGAUGAAACGCGUGUACCGGGGCGAAGAGGACAUCCGGCAGUGUCUGAGCGAUUUAUCUACUAGAGUUGUGGAUGAGAACGGAGAAUAGGCGCCAGAGGCAGCGCACAGAGGGCCGCCAGUUACGCGUCACCAGCACUACCCGUCCACCAUGCUGUAAAUAGUUCAUGUUUUUUUGUUACAAAUAAAUUAGAUAAGAAAAGUUUUGUUAAAAAAAUAAGAUAAAAUACAGAGCUGUCUGCCCGUCCUUCCAGCGACACUCCAUAAACGCGGUUAUAGGACGCUGCGGGGAAACACCAGCGCUCGUAUGCUGCGCAUAACCAUGUGACUACAGUACCCUGGCCUUCAUUGCCUCAGGAGAGCCCCAUCUUUCUGUAGAGUGCAAUCCCAUGGUCCAGUGUCCCCCAGGCCUACUUCAAAAAACAGAUUCCAUGGUAAGUGACCAGAAAUCCUAUUAUUACACUUUCUGCCUCGCUGGAGCCUAGAAUCAGAGCAGUGGCCUAAUCCGGGAGACAUGUCUUGGCACUUGGCAUUGUGGCCUCCUUGUUUGAGUUCCUACUAGGUACCGGGGUAUACGGCCUUAGUGUGCCGGAGCUGCCACGGUCAUUCCAAUAUAUCUUACCUCCUCUGACUCAGAUUAGGGAUUGGUCAUACCCCUGCUGACCAAGGACUGACUUACCGCUAAUAUUGGAACUAUGAAGAUAACAAUUCCAAGCAGCUGUAUUUGAUAUUAUAUAUAUCGUUGUGGUAAUUCAUUUCUAAUUGUGAUAUUAUCGAUUUAAUAUAAUAAUUACAAAGGAUUAAAUCUGUAAUUUAA